AUGGACAUGCGUUCUAGGCCCUUGGAAGACAAGGAAGAACCUCCCGCAGGCCCGGGCUCACCCCCAGCGCGGCUGGCAUUGACCAGGAAGGCAGCUGAAACCUCCCCGCCCGCCCGCCACUCGCCACCCGCAGCUGCCCUCUACCCAGGCCCGGCCACGGAUCAGCCCCGCACGCUCUUCCAGCACUUCCAGCCCAGCUCCGAGUCGGUGAUGAACGGCAUCUGCCUGCUGCUGGCCGCGGUCACAGUCAAGCUGAACUCCUCCGUCGACUUCAACUGCCCCUGCCUGGCGCGCUACAAUGCCCUCUAUGGCCUGGGCCUGCUGCUCAAGCCCCCAGUUGCCCUUUUCCUCUGCGGCCUCCCGGCCAACCGGCAGUCCGUGGUGAUGGUGGAGGAGUGGCGCCGGCCUGCGGGGCACCGAAGGAAGGACCCAGGCAUCAUCAGGUAUAUGUUCUCCUCUGUGCUGCAGAGAGCACUGGCCGCCCCCCUUGUCUGGAUCCUGCUGGCUCUCCUCAAUGGGAAGUGCUUCGUGUAUGCCUUCAGCAGCUCCGUGGACCCCGAUAAGUUUCUAGACUUUGCCAACAUGACCCCCAGCCAGGUGCAGCUCUUUCUGGCCAAGGUGCCCUGCAAGGAAGAUGAGCUGGUCAGGGACAGCCCCGCUCGGAAGGCAGUGUCUCGCUACCUGCGGUGCCUGUCACAGAUUCUGAUUCAGUCCAUCCAGGACUGGGGCUAA